GGUGACUCCCGGGAGACAAGGCCUCGGGGGCCGCGCCUCCGGGGUGCGGCGGAAGCCGGGGAGCAGCGCCAUGAUACGGCUGGGGCGGGCGGGCUGCCGCCUGCUGGGCUGCGGCGGCGGCGGACCCCAUGGGGCCGUUCCGCGGCGGGGCGCGGAGGUGCUGGUGGGCACGGCCGGCGGGGAGAGCGGCGGUAUUGCUGAAAUCCUAAUGAACCGACCCCACGCGAGAAAUUCACUGGGAAAAGUAUUUGUAAAUGAACUGUUCAGCGCUCUGGAACAGCUCCGCUUUGAUGAGAAGGUUCGCGUGGUGGUGUUCAAGAGUGAGGUGAAAGGUGUAUUUUGUGCUGGUGCAGACUUAAAGGAGCGUGCCAAGAUGGACGAUGCAGAAGUUGAACACUUUGUUAAAAGGCUGAGGAGUCUCAUGGAUGAAAUAGCUUCCCUGCCGGUACCCACAAUUGCUGCAAUAGAUGGCUUCGCGUUGGGUGGUGGCCUGGAACUGGCUUUGGCUUGUGACCUUCGAGUAGCAGCUUCAUCAGCUAAAAUGGGCCUUAUUGAGACCACUAGAGGGCUUCUUCCUGGAGCAGGUGGAACCCAGCGCCUGCCCAGAUGUGUUGGAAUAGGUCUGGCCAAGGAACUCAUUUUCACUGGCAGACAGAUUGACGGACAAGAAGCCUUCUCCAUGGGAUUAGUGAAUCACGCGGUGCCACAGAACAGCGACGGGGACGCAGCUUACCAGAGAGCGUUAGCCCUGGCUAAAGAAAUCCUCCCUCAGGCUCCAUUUGCUGUGAGAAUGGGAAAACUGGCAAUAAACAGAGGAAUGGAGGUUGACAUCGCCUCGGGGAUGGCUAUUGAGGGGAUGUGUUAUGCCCAGAAUAUUCCCACAAGAGACCGUCAGGAAGGGAUGGCUGCCUUCAGGGAGAAACGACCACCUCAGUUUAUUGGCAAAUAAUGCUUCUUAGCAUCUCCUUGAUUUUUUGAAGGCAGAGGAGGACUGAAGAGGACCCACUCAUUUUUUGGGAUUAUUUUUAUAACUGCCUACUGUGUACUGAGCUCCUUGCCUUGGACUGCAUUUCUGAAUACUCCACUGGGUCAUUUUGCUAUAAGAAUUCCCAAAUAAAGAUUUUACUUUGUGCAGC